ACAAAUAGUCGGUACGCUUCUUAGGGAAACUUGUAACGUAGACCAGAAUUUUCGCCUGAUUACUUAGCGUUUAGUCUGCAUUUGAAUUUCUAAGUUUGUCAACGAAUUGGUCGUCAACCUGUUUUGCUAUUGUUUUAGUGUGAAACACAUCCAUGUGACUACAUAACUGACAAACAGUUACUCGUCACUACGGUGUGCAUUUGAACAGCGACACAAGCAAUUUGCCGUCAAUUACAUAUUGGUUUAGCCGUUUACUUGUUGUGCGCGUGCUCUUCCCGUGUCCUGUACGCGUCAGUGGGUACAUGGCCUUACCAAUCAACAAUGGCUCAACAACUGUCGCCGCUAAGGCUGUUACAAUUACUGGCGCUAUCAUUGUGGUUUGCAGCAUGUCGCUACACUGAGUCACAGGCUGUGGCAUUGGAGGGAGUAGCGUUGGUUGAAAUAUAUGCGAAAAUGGGUGGGGGCGGUGGCAUUGAAACUAAUGGUUAUGCUGUUGGCGGCGAUAAUGGCGGUGAUGUUGCUGGCAUAAGAGCUGUUGUAAAUGAUUGUUUUGAGAUAUUUUUGCAGGAUAGUCGCAACGCCAGCAACACCUAUGCGUCGGCAUAUAGAGAAUGUCUCAAUUUAGGCAAGGAAUGGCGGACGCAAAUUACAGUGCAGCAACAAUCGCAGCGUGAAGUCAUGACUGCGGAAAUGGCACAGAUGUGUAAGGAGUUUCACGAAUGUUCGCAAUCUGAAAGUGAUUUGGCAUUCUUCCAAUGCAAUAAAAAGAAUUCCUACAAAAACGUGAACACGCUAAUUUUUGUAUAUUCCAAUUCAUCAGCUGCCAUUGUGGAAUUGGAGGAGAAGUACCAUGAAGCUGAGAAAGAAGUAAUGCUGUGCAUCAUUGCCGCUGAGGAGCACUAUUUAAGAUCAACUACCAAUGCGUAUCUGCAGCUUUUGCGAUGUUUGAGAGCAUGAAGGAUUUGAUUUACAAAAUUGUGACAUUUCCAAAGCUACUUUUGGAGUUAAGUUUAAUGUAGUUUUCAUAUAACUAAUUUAAUGUUUAAAAAUGCGAUAUUCAGCCAACUGUCACUAGUGUCUUACUACUGACUUGAUGCUGACUAUUAGUUUCUCCUUAUUAACAAUUAUGAGUGACCGUUAUCCGAACCUUUUAUAAUAACUUUUAGCAAUAUAAAAUAUUUAUUUAUGUUUUAUAUGUAUAAGUAAAGCAAAUUCUAUAAAUUAUUUAUUAGCUAAAAAAAACUAAAAAAUAUUUGCUCGUAUAAAAAAGUAAUAAUGCUAAUGUAUUUAAAAGCCUUGAAUCGAGUAAUCUGUACUAUUAUGAACUCAUUCAUUUUAUUAUUAUAUAAAGUAAAAAAAGUGCAUCAGAUGUUGUCAUCGGCCUUACUUUUAUUAUAGUUACAAUGUUCUUAAUAUAUUAUUACACUCCACGAUAUGUGUGUAUGAAUAUUGCAGUAUCCAGUAUGCAGUUUUGUUAAAGAAUUAGUCUACUUUGCGAUACUACAUCUUUCAGAGGCCAUGCAGAUGCUUUUGAGAUAUCAGUGAUUGAAGGUAGAUGAUUGUUAAUGUAUUGUUGCUAUUGUAUGCCUCAAACGAGGUGUAGAAAGCAUAAUAUUUUAAUCUUGUGUUCCUCUGUAAUAAUAGGAAUAUAUCUUGUAUUGGUAACAGAACACUUCUUUUCAAAAGUAUUAGUGCCUUAAGAUUACUUAUUCAAAGCAAUUAGUGAUCAGGAAAAAUUGAAAUACUACCUGUCAUCAAACAGUUGGCGCACUCCCAUAUGAGCACCCAUGUCACGUUGCUGGUUGUUUUUAUUUAGGAACCAGCAUUAAUAAUGCCUGGCGAUAAUAAUGUCAGCCUUAAAAUUCAACGUAGAGUUUCGCCUGCUAACAAGUGCUACUUUGGACUAAGUAAGCAACUGAGUAGUAAGGUCCUCUUUCGACGAAGAAAUCUAACCCUUUAUAACUCUUUCAUCAUGUCUGUCCUUUUUUGUGUAUGGCGUAGAAGCCUUGAUGAUAACACCAUUCGAUGAGGCGUCCCUUGCAGUAGUAACGGCGAGUAUCGUAGACGAUGGAAUAAUGAGCUAUAUGAGCUUUAUGCCCACCUAGACAUAGUGUCGCAAGUAAAUAUCUGGUUGCUUUAUUGGAUAGAUCAUGUCGGCCGAUUUGAUAUAACUGAGUCGGCUUUCAAAGCAAGCCCGGUUGGAACCGAAUCAGUUGCGAGAAAAAGUAACGCGUAAUCUAUAUUAAUAUAAAAAAAACCAACCCUUUCGCAUUCACUUCUAAACCUGUUGACAGACUUUAUUAAUUACUAUCAACAAUUUGGAAGUUUCUAGCAUUCCAACCGUUCCGGUAGUCCAAGCGUUCUGUGACUAGUUGUUGAAAUAUAUUUAUGAGCAGAUUCUGAAUACUACAAUAAUUUCCUUUCUUACUUUUGUACUUAACGAACUAUGCUUAAAAUUUCACAUUUAUUUCUUCGGAAACAUAUUUUGAAUUUUCUUAUUUCUCGCACUGAAAUUACUUCAAAUGUGAUUAACUUCAAAUCCUGUAGAGUUCUUUA